AUGAGCCGCUUUAGUAGUAGGCUGGCGUUCUUUGGAGAUGAAUUUCCCAGUGGGAAUAUCCCGGAUCUCUUCUGGCGUCUGCACCGGUGCUCCAAGGACAAGAACUUCCAUAUUCUAGCGUUGUUCAUGGAAGACGUGCUGAUUGGGCACCAUGAAGCGACCGACGAGAAAUACGAUCUUGGAGAUGCAGGGACAACCCUCACUGGCCUGAGUGUUGGACUUCUGUCUGGUGCGGCAGUGGCAACCUCCACUUCACUCUCCGACCUGGCCUAUUAUGGAGUUGAGAGUGUGCGGAUUGCAUUCCGUAUGGGGAUCCACGUCGACAGAGUAUCUCAGUCGCUAGAGUCUCGCGAAUCAGACAGUAGUCCGAAAGCCUGGGCUUAUGUUGUGACGGGGGUCUCGGCGGAAGCUUAA